CACGAGCGCGGAGUGUGACCUUCAACAACAACAACGUACACUAUUUAUCGGCCACCAUGAGUCUUCCGCAUGAGUGGAGAGGAUGCUUAUCGGCUGCUGUUUGUCUGCCGGGAAUGUACUGGCUUGCUUGAGACGUACUUCACGAUCCCACUGGACUGCGCCGCUCGUCGGCCAUCUGCCCGUGUACCGCUGCACUUGUGUCACGUUUCUCGUGGGCGACAUCAAUCCUCAGCACGUGCUCUCGAGCUGGACACUGAGCGAAUUCUCGUUCGUAUUCUGGAUGUUUGAUCGUGCGAGCUCUUCAUGGCGGGAGACAAACGAAGCAAAGAUGACGAAACGCGUUACCUGCUGGACUCGAAUCGCGAGGGAACUGGUGGAGGCGACGGGGGCGGUGGAGAAAACAGUGGAGGCGGAACGUCGCCAUCAGAUCGUUGUUUAUCACGUAGGGGCCACAUAAACCGCAGCUUUAGCAUGGCCGAAGAAGGCUACGGCGCCAUCGAGCGCUCGUCGGAAGGCAUCCACGAGCCAACACUUUCCGGAUCCACCGUGGUUUUACCCUGGUGGAUCAUGAACGACGCCAAGGACCUCAGUUCAACGAACAACAAUGUUGAUACAACGAGGCCGCGGAUCCGGAUCCACCGUCAAGCCAUGAACCAAGAAGACAUAGUUAAACAAUUUGGGGAUGACUUUCCCGAUUCUACUGUUGUGCAAAAGGUGAAACGAAAAGUGUUGUCCUGCUGCAUGUGCACUCCUGUAAGCAUCCUGUACUCCAUCUUCCCAGUGCUGCAAUGGCUUCCAUGCUACUCCUUUAGUCAGUACUUUGUCAAAGACAUAAUGGCUGGUAUCACAGUCAGCAUCAUGCACAUACCACAAGGCUUAGCCUAUGGCGUGCUAGCAGGUGCAGGAGCCAUCAAUGGUCUGUACGUGUCAGCUUUCCCAGGACUCGUCUAUUUUCUUAUGGGGACGUCCCGUCACGUAUCAGUAGGAACGUUCGCUGUUAUAAGUUUACUUUCUGCGUCUGCGGUUUCGGAAAUGGGAGCAAUAACCCCCGAAGACUACCAGCAACUAGGUUUGAAUGGGUCUGAUUUAACGCUAGGGGACUCCACAAGUGACCCCAUUCCACUACAAAGUAUGGAAGUACUAACCGCACUGGCGUUCAUAGUAGGAAUAAUUCAGAUUUUAAUGGGCAUGUUACACUUGGGUAUCUUAUCUAUCUUCAUGUCUGAGCCAAUGGUUUCUGGCUUCACAACGGGUGCGGCUGUGCAAGUGAUACUGUCCCAACUUAAAGGCCUCUUUGGUAUCAACGUACGACAGUAUAGCGGUCUCUUCAAGUGCAUAUAUACAUUCGCGGACGUGAUAAAACUGCUGCCUACAACGAAUCUGGUGACCUUGGCCAUUUCCAUCGCAGCGAUGGCGGCGUGCAUCGUGGUCCAUGAGUGCAUCAAUGCAAAGUACAGGGCGAAACUCAAGAUGCCCGUUCCUAUUGAUCUCAUUGUGAUAAUCAUCAGUACAGCCGUCAGCUACUUCGGUGACUUUUCCAAUAUGUACGGGGUACGAGUCAUGGGAUUUGUUCCCACUGGGUUCCCAACGCCAGAAAUCCCGCGUCUGGAUCUGAUACCGAAACUGAUUUUGAAUGCAUUUGUAGUAGCCAUAGUCUCCUUCACGAUAGCCCUUUCAAUGGCCAAGCUCUUCGGCAAGAAGCACAAGUACCAAAUAGACCCGAACCAAGAACUGAAAGCCAUUGGAGCAGCCAACUUCGUCACUUCCUUUCUAGCUUGCUAUCCUUGUGCUGUGUCGCUGUCUCGGAGCUCAGUACAAGACAAGGCUGGUGCCCAAACACAGGUUUCCAGCGUGAUAUCAUCUAUAGUGGUAAUAGUUAUAAUGUUGGUUGCAGGGCCACUCUUCGAAACCUUGCCGAAGUGCAUUUUGUCAGCUGUGAUUAUAGUCGCUCUCAAGGGCAUGAUCUUCCAAGUACGAGAUUGCUAUCAUACCUGGCAAGUGUCAAGGCUCGAUGCGCUGACAUGGAUCAUUACGUUCCUCUCCGUUGUCCUACUCGACAUCGAUGUCGGGAUUGCGGCUGGAAUUGGUUUCUCCGUCGUAACCGUUAUUCUAAGAACACUAGUGCCUUACGUCGCCUUCCUUGGGCAGGUUCCCAAUACCGAUAUCUACCUUGAUGUAAAGAGGUACAAAAAGGCGCAAGAAAUUCCGCGGGUGAAGAUCUUCCACUUCAGCUCUGCCUUCUACUUUGCCAACCGAGACGUGUUCAAGAACUCCCUCAUGGAAGUCAUCAUAGGCAAUCAUGACGAGACGAGCAGUUUACUGAAGCCGCAAGAAAAGUACGACUCCGUAGAUGACGAAUCUGUCCUGGCGGUCAUUUUUGACUGCUCGGCGUGUGUCUACAUAGACUCUUCGGGAAUAGAAACGUUGCGAGAGAUACUGAUGGAAUUGCGAGAUUCUAAUAUAACUGUCUACUUUGCCUGCUGCACUGUGCCCAUGUACAAAGUGCUGCUACGAUCGAAGCUCCUAGAGUUGUUCUCGAAACCCAUCGUAUUCCCGACCAUCCACGACGCCGUGCUGCACCUGCCGGCUCAGGUGCCAGUCCCACCCUUGUGAACGCUGCCACAACGACAACGGACGCCCACCACCUCAGUGCCAUCACCUCAAAGGACAUACACAAUUUUUUGCAGCUGUUUUGUACAUAACGACGUCAUUGUAUAGAUUCAUUUGCUUUUAUUUCUUUAUAUAUAAAUAUAUAGAAAAAUAUAAAUAUAUUUUUAAUGCUAAA